ACAGAAGAACAGCGUUUUUAAUCUUUCCGAAGUAGAUUGUCAGAUUUAUCUUCACACGUGCAUUUCCUCAUUUCUCGCACCAGUUUAGCUCCAUUAAUUCGGCGUUUUUUGCUACUCGGCGUUGGUUUUUUGGUUGAUGGUCAGGUUAAUUGAUCGUAUUGCACAAUUUCGACUGUUCCUUUCUGCACCUGUCAAUUCGGCUUUAUGAACCGUUAGCAGAGCUGAAAUUAAAUGUUGUUUUAGCUGCAUUUUGGAUAUUGUCAUGGAAUGUUUAAUGUAGUUUCUAGACAUCGGUUUAAUAAUCACGUAAUAUCACCUACAGGGAGUUUAUCUGCACGAUCUCACUAUAAAGAUGAUCUUAAAAUAGGUAUUUAUGGACUGGAGCUUGGUUUCACGCUGUAAGAGUAUUUCUAAGUCUACCUGUAUGAAGUAAGGGAUAUAAAAAUAGAAUUUAAAUCUAGGUUGUUGGAAUAACUUUAAAUUUACACAUCCCACUGGAGUCAGAGUCCCUCAUUGGACGGUUUCUUACCUGUACUCUCCCCCUCGUACGUAUCAGCCAAUAAAAUAAACUAAACCCAUAAAUUUAUAUAUUUUUAGACACCGUUAUGAGGCAUGAUGUGUGUGAGCCGAGGGGCUGGAAAGCACCUUUUUUUCUCCUGCUGACGACACGACGGUGACUCUGCGCGUCCGUACAGGAGCCAUCAUCAUCAUCAUGUUUACCUGAACGCGGAUAACGGGGCUGACAAAUGGCCUAGAAAUAGACUGAAAUAACACCUGCGGCUGUCGACCGUUAACGGAACAGGAUCUUUUCGUCGUUUCCUAAAGGCUCUGUGUUUCGCGAGGAGCCAGGAAAACCGCUCCAAAUGUCAACUUGUGCAGUGACAAACUUCAACAAUGGCUUGGAGGCCAGUUCAGACUCUGAUGAUGAGGACAAGCUACACAUUGUGGAGGAGGACAGCCUGCAGGAGCCUGAGGUCGCCAGUGCAGAUGGCGCCGCUCUGCAGGACAGCCAUGACACCACCGCCGCAACAGUAUUACCCCACAAUGGCUCCUUGAACGGAGUGAAAGAAGAGUGUGUGUCAGAAGAAGAGGAGGAGGAGGAGCAGGAAGAGGAGGAGGCGGUGAAGGAUACUCUAGUGGAGGAGAUUCUCCAGCAGGGAGACACAGCCAUCAUCUAUCCUGAAGCCCCUGAAGAUGAGCAAAGUCCAGCAGAGACAGGAGGCGCUGAUGAAAACGGCACACCAGAUACCUUCUCCCAGCUGCACACUUGCCCCUACUGCUCCCGGGGCUACAAGCGCAACGCCUCGCUGAAGGAGCACAUCAAGUAUCGGCACGAGACCAGCGAGGACAACUACAGCUGCUCGCACUGCAGCUACACCUUCACCUACCGCUCGCAGCUGGAGAGGCACAUGAGCCACCACAGGGGCACCAGGGAGCAGCGUCACAUUUCCCAGUCGACAGCAGGAUUAGGAGGAACAGGUGGAACCCGCAAGUUCAAGUGUACCGAAUGUUCCAAGGCCUUCAAGUACAAGCACCACCUGAAGGAGCACCUGCGCAUUCACAGCGGUGAGAAACCAUAUGAGUGUUCAAACUGCAAGAAGCGAUUCUCCCACUCAGGCUCCUACAGCUCCCACAUCAGCAGUAAGAAAUGUGUGGGUGCAGCACCUCCUAAUGGCGUUCCUCGAACGUUCAUCAAAUCCCCGCCAAUCAUCACCCAAACCGCACCGAUCAUAAUUGCUCCGGCCCGUGGGAUUUUUAAAGAGAAGACUGACAGCAAACCGCUCCAGGAGCAGCUCCCCGUCACCCAGAUCAAAUCUGAACCUGUGGAAUACGAGUGCAAAACGGUGAUGGCUGCACCGGCAACUUCAGCUGGUACCAACGGCGUGGUGAACGGAGGGACAGCACAGCCAGCUGUGGUUCCAGCUGCUACCUUGCCUCAGGGUGUGGCUAUGGUCGUACCAACGGUCGGCCUGAUGUCGCCCAUCAGCAUCAAUCUGAAUGACUUGCAGAACGUGCUCAAGGUGGCGAUGGACGGGAACGUGCUCAGGCAGGUGCUGGGUACAGCUAACGGGGUGGUGACGCAGGGGAAGCAGGGGAUUGUAGUCCAGCAGCCCCAGCAGCAGAUCAUCAGCCUGCCGGCCUUUGUGGAUCACGACGGCACCACAAAGAUAAUCAUCAACUACAGCAUCAGCCCUGCAGCCGCCACCACUGCCACUACCCAGCCUGCACCGCUCGUUGCCAAACCCGAUCCGUCUCCCACUGUGACCGCUGCUGCAGCCCCAACCCCCACCAAAACAGACAAGCCCUCAACCGCGGAGGUGGCCGACCUCAGCAUCGUAAAGACGGAGCCAGAGUCAGUGUCCAUCAUGGAGACAGAGACAGUCACGCAGACAGAAAAGAAAAGUGUUAAGACUUCCGAUGCCCAAACAGCUCAGAUGCCAAAAGUCAGCAGCACCAGUACAUGUUUACUAUGUGACGACUGUCCCGACAACCUGGAGGCGGUACACCUCCUCCAGCACCGCAAAGCAGCCAACGGGGAGGCUGUCGACUCUGCAGCUUUGGACCCCUCCUUCGCUGCUCUGCUGAGCGAGGCAGGGGUGACGCUGGAGGAGCCACCCGUGGACGACCUCCUGUCACUCCUCAAGACCUACUUCGCCUCCAACGCCAACCCCAGCGAGGAGGAGCUGAGUAAGAUCUCAGAGUCCGUCAGUAUUCCCGUGGAUGUGGUCAAAAAGUGGUUUGCCAAGAUGAACUCUGGGAAAAGUGUGGGCAAAGACCGCAAUAACGCUACGGCGGUUUCCAAAAAGACCGAAACCACAAAUUCAAGCUCUGAGGAUCCCUCAAUUCAGAAUGGAGAGGCAGAGGAAGACGGCAUCCAAGAAACAUCCAACAAAGGCUCAUCAGAAUGCGGCAGCGCUUCUCCAUCAGACUCCUCACCACUAAGCCUCAACACUGGGGACCUGGUCAUCGUUAAAAAGGAGCCAGAUGACCCAGAGGCCCCGGACUCCCAGGCAGAGCCGCUCGACCUCUCCCUCCCUAAACAUAUCAUGUCGGCAUUGGAAACAAAUGCAGCCGCGCCCCCCGCCAAGCAGCAGGAACAACCCCUGAACCUGACCUGCCUGAGGAAGGAGCAGCUGGAGAGUCGAACCAUCUACGUCACCGCGCCUCAGACGGGAAGACCUGUCAACAUCGUCACUGCUGCACAGCUGCCCACGCUAGUGGCCAUCGCUGGGCAGGGCACGGUGGGCUGUCUCAGCGCGAUCAACACGACAGCAAAACGCACCAUCCUCAUCCCCCAGCUCACCUACACCUACGCCACUACAGCCGGCAAUGCCACUGGAGCAAAGACCGUCGUGCUGAACGGCCAUAAGCAGGACAAGAAGCCGGACAGCAGCUCCGAUGGCGUUUCCGCAGUGGAGGAGCAGAAUGACUCCGAUUCGGCCGCGGUGAUGAAGAAGCGACGGCUGGAAAAUGGCGUCUACCCCUGUGACCUUUGCUCCAAAGUCUUCCAGAAGGGCAGCUCUCUGCUCAGGCACAAAUAUGAACACACAGGAAAACGUCCCCAUGAGUGCAACAUCUGCAAGAAGGCCUUCAAACACAAGCACCACCUGAUCGAACACUCGAGGCUGCACUCCGGCGAGAAACCCUACCAGUGUGAUAAGUGCGGGAAGCGUUUCUCCCACUCUGGCUCUUACUCCCAGCACAUGAACCACCGCUACUCCUACUGCAAGAAGGACGGGCCAAACUCCGGCUCCGGAUCCAGUUCAGGGCCCCGUAGGGUUCACACAGAGCUGGGCAGCCCAGGUGCCGGACCACAGUCAGACAGUCGGACCACGACCCCGCCCUCCCAACUGGACUCGGACGAGAGAGAGAGCGAGGAGGAGGAGGAGGACGAUGAGGCCAUGUGCAUGGACGACAUCCGGGUCGUGCAGGUGGACGACGGCGAGUGCGAGAUCUACGAGGGUAACUUUGACGACGAGGAUGAGGACGAGGACGGAGAGGAGAUGGCGGAGGAAGAGAUGACAAGAGAGGGAGGGGCAGGAAGAGAGAAGGAAGACGAGGAGGUCGUUUGUGAUGUGGUGGAGGUCGAGCUGGGGGACGAUCACAUGGAGGACGAAGAGAUGGAAGAAACAGCCGAAGAAAAGGAGGACGCGGCAAGUGCGGACACAGAGGAAAUGGCGGAUUGUGAAGCGGAUACGGACAAAAGCAUCAGGGAGGAGUCAGACGGCGGCGAACCCACGGAGGAAGUGGUGAUGGAUGCCGAAUAGAGGAAGGAUCAUUUCCACAGGACAGCUCCAACGUGUCAGUCGUUAAAGUCGAGCUAACUAAGACAAAACUGCAGAAAAGUCGAGAAAGUCACGGCAGUUGCCUGAUCCUAACGGUCCACUACUGUGUACAAAAACCCCAGGUGUGCCUGAACUUGAAAAAAGAAAAAAGACAAAAACAGUGACUUUUUUUCUCUUGUGGAAAUGAAAUAUCAGUGUUAAAAGUUGUUUAUAGAAGUACAGAUUUUAAAGCAGAACUCACCCACCAACUUGUUAGACUUGUUACUGAGACAUCCCAGGUUGUUUUAUUGUUUGUUUUCAUUUGGUCAGUGUUACUAAUAUUGUUCUCGUUUGAAAACAUUUUAACCUGUAAAGAUGAGAAAGAUUUCUAUACCUUUUUAUUGCCAAUGAAGUUUCCUAAAUCAGUAUUUUAUUGCGUUCUACGAACAAAAACCUCUGCACUACAGUAUUCCUGGUUUACCUAUGGAUACAUGCCUCAUGCAUUGUAUGCCCUUCAAUGUUAUAUACGUACACUAGCUAGCGAGAUGUUGUCCGUGUUAGUGUUAGUCUUUGCUAGCUAGCUUUACUUUUGUUUUCAGUUUGACUGUUAGCCUUAAGGAAAACAAAGUAUUCUUGGGGAGGGUUGUGGGUGGGAUGGGGAGUCUGGGAUGAGAGCGUGGCUUCUGAACGCCAUAACCAAAUUUGUCCUUUCAGGGAAGGUAGAGUCACAACCUCAAAGCCAGCGUCAGGCGCCUGUGUUUUGCGACCCGGCGUAGCCCGUACGGGCGGAGCCUCCAGGUGAAGAUUCAAAAGCGGACUCCGCCCGGCUUGGCUCAGCUGUGGUUCCAAACCCCACGCGCCCAUUCUUACCAAGCUUCUCCUUGUUUUGGUCGACUUUAAGUUCCGAGUCAGUGUUUCAGUGUUAUUAGCGUAUAUAUGAAGUCAAACUGUACGUGAAGGAACAGGGCGGUUUCCUGCUCCACCCCGAUGCCUCCAGCCUUAUGCAAGACCUGUGUGCUGUUAAAAGUGCCAUUGAACAGUGUUAUUAUUUCUUCUUCACACAUGUAGCCAGUAUUAUUUUGUCUCUUAUGUCUGUUUCUUACACAAGACCCAUAUUGACUAAUGUUUGACGACUUGCACAGUACAGCGAAUUUGUCACUGAAAGGUUGAUACUUCCUGUGAAAUUAAUUUGGAAUAUUUUAGAGGCCUUCUCAGUAUUUGCACCACAUGUAAAAGCUGGGAAACACAGUAUUAGGGCUUCAGUUCAUAUAUAUAUAUAUAUAUAUUUUUUUUUUUUUGUAUUGAGUAAUUGUUUAGUCUAUCAAAUGUCUUUUUUGUCCAAACAGCAGUCUGAAAAUUAGAUGUAGUUUACAAUUACAUAAAAACAUAAAAGAGCAGCAAAACAUCACAGAGGAAAAGUUGGAAACAGAAUUUUUGCUUGAAAAAUGACAACGGCCGACUUCCUGUUUCAGCUCUACGUGAAUGUGUGGGACCGCGUUGAGACACACAGUCCACACUGAGCUUACCUGUGGAUAUGAAAUGCCUUGUAAACUUGAGAUAAUCAGUUUCCCGCCGAGGCUGAAAGUUUUAAAAUGAGAGCUGAAAUGUUGUUGACUUCGUGCCACAAGUCAAACUAGUCAGAGAUGUUUACAAAAAAGAACUGUUUAAAAAGUUCUGUCGAGGUUGAUUGAAAUAGUCCAAACUCCAACUUGACACUCAGCUGGCUCAGGAAGAAAUUGAAAAAUACACAAAACCAAGAUCAGUUCGAAGUAGAAACAGGAAGGAUUUUACAGUAAUUAGAAGUUUUAUUCUGCCUCGUGCACUUGUUUUCUGGUAGUAUAAAAGAAAAAAAAUUGUGGCAAGCCCGCCCGCACUUCAGGUAACAAAUGUUAGUGAAUGUGGUUUCUGUUUAAGUGUUCUCAGUUGGUUUUACCGAACAGUGUUUAUGGUUUUAGUCUGUUUUUUGUUUUUGUCUUUAUUCGUGUCCUCUGUUAUGUUUUUUCAACAAUGGCAGUAUUAGAACCCUUUUCACAGAUUAAAAAACAAAAACAAAAACUGUAUCUGUUUAGUUUUUAGAGGACUUUUUUAUAUUUAUGUGUCUUAUUUUUAUAUUUUCUUUUAUGGUUAUUUAUUACACAUUGUAGUGUACAUUACUGUAGUUUGAAUUGAUACAAUAAUAUAUUUUAGUAUGAAAAAUAAUCUCAAGACAAACAAAAAAAAACAAAACAAAAAAACACCCAAAAUAUGGUUCUGGGAGCUGAAGUUUGUUUUAACAAAAAAAAAACAAAAACAAAAAAAAAAAACCAACAUGUAUUCUGUAAACAUGACUUCUGUUUUAAGCUAAAAAAAAGAAAAAAGACAGGAAUGAAGUGAGAAAUAGAAACUGUUACAUGUGCAUCCGCUCUGCGUCGUUAUGAAGCUACUGAAUCCUAAAACUCUGUGAUUUUAAAAGCAUGAGUCGUCGCCGUUUUAAUGAAGGAUCUCGUUAUGAAGCCGUUACUCCUCCCUUUUUAUUUCCAAGCCAAAAUUUAGAUCAUCCCGCCACCGUGUUUUCUGUUCUGUGCCAACUUGCUCCAUUGUACUGUCGAAGGCUGCAUAUCGUUCGUUUGUCCUCACCCUUUGUAAAUUCACUGUCUUUUUGUAUUGUUUUUAUUUUAGUUUUGCUCCAUUUUUAUGACUCCCCAUCACAAUAAAAUAUAAGACUGCA